AUGGAAGGCUCGUUCAUGCCCAGGCCCAGCCAUCUCCGUCUGGCGUCUCUGCUCAACCACACAAUUCUCCCGGUCACCGCGCGCGACUCCUCCCCAAAAUGCUCGGUACAGAUGCAGUUGAUGAAGCCUGCAUUUGUUGCAUCAAAAGCAAGAUCUCAUCUCCCUGCGCCUCUUUCUCCUCGCCUCCCCUGCCCUGUUCAAUACGACACCUCCAUAGUCCAUAGAUCGCAUCUUCCUUCUGUUCUCGGCCUCUCCGCACUGCACCUCGCACCUCGCCAGUGGCCUCGACCCCGGAGCGUAUGCGAUGCUACCUGCACGUCGCCGGUAGCCUCGACCCGGUGCGCCCGCGCUGCCGCCAGCACAUCACCGGUGGCCUGGACCCCGGCGCGCCCGGGCUGCCGCCUCCACGUUGCCGGUCGCCUCGACCCCGGCGCUAACCGCCCUGCCGCCUGCACAUCGCUGGUUAGCGUCGACCCCGGUGCACCCGCGCUGCUGCCUGCACAUCACCGGUCGCCAACGCAACUCCGCUGCUGCUUUGGUAUCACAAUGAGUCAGCACAGGUAUGGAAACUUGACAACAUUAGCUCGGGAAAGAUGCCACUCACAGUUGAAUAAGUCUGGACUGGUACACCAAGGUAUUGCUAGGCGGACCAUGCCAGAGAAAUCAAGUCAAAUAGCAGAUUUCAGCAGGAAAAGGGUUUCUCACAGGCCUGAUUUGCAAGAUGAGGAACUAUGGAAAAAGUACAAGUUAGCUGCAAAAGAUGGAAAUGAUGCGACAACUAGUACACCAAUCUUGUUUACUGCAAAUUGGGAUGCGGAUGACUCCGGAACUAGGAAUGAUGAAGUUGAUGCCAACAACGAUGGUGACAUGGGAAUGGUCCAAUAUUACUGACGCAGCUCGGAAACAUAUAUUUGAUGCAAUUAAGAUGUGUACAAAGAUGAGAUAUUAGACCAUGUCAAGAAACUUUGAAUCAACUGGCGUGGAGACUUGCACCGGCACUUUGUGAAACCCAACAAGACUAUGCAGGAGGCUAUGAAAAGGGUACCUAAAGAUAUUCCAAAGGAUGACUGGGAAUGGCUUGUCAAGGAGCAUUUCUUCAGCAAGGAUUUUUUUGGUAAAGUUCUCAUGUUGCCUGUUAAUUUUGAACCAUUUGUGUAGUUGACAAUAUGGUGCAAGAAGUAUCAGAAAUUAAGCGUAUCCUGUCUGGUAGAUCUCUAACUGAUAGUUCUCAUGAGGACUGAUGAUCCACCAGAAUAUAUAUAAGCAUAAGGAGGCAUUUUAAUCGCUGGUGAAGAAUGAUAUCCAUUCAAACAAGGAUGGUGUCCCUCUAUUGAAUACUAAUAAAUAAUUUCUUUUUUAGUUGUCUCGUUUUCCACAUAGAUAUGAUCAAGUACAUUCGUGAUAUAAGGAGUGCUUUUCACUCAAAUUUCUUACAAGAUAUUUUAAUUUCAGAAUUGUAUGUCAGAAUAUUAGUAUUUGUAUUAAUAAAAGAGGCUAUGAUCCUUUCAAUUCAGAUUCUUUUGUUUCUAUAUUAAUGUGGAUGUUAAUAUUGAAAUGUUGG